AGAUGGUCAGAGGCUUCUGUGUGCGGUGUUGGGAGCGAGGUGACAGGCUAAGAGGCGCAAGAGGAGGGUCUGUGCGCACUGAACCGGGGCGGUUUUGAGGGUCGGGGACAGACCCGUGCAGUGUGCGUGCAGAGUGGGACCCGGUCGGUCGACUGUCGCCACUCCUUUCCGUCCAGAAGUUCCGAUGGCGGCGCCUGCGCUGAGGGACCCGGCUCAGGGCAGUGUGACCUUUGAGGAUGUUGCCGUGUACUUCUCCUGGGAGGAAUGGUGUCUUCUUGAUGAGGUUCAGAUACACCUAUACCUUGAUGUCAUGCUGGAGAACUUUGCAGUUGUAUGCAUGCUGGGUUCUUGGCACCGGGUUGAGGAUGAAGAGACACCUUCUGAACAGAGCGUAUCUGCACAAAGAGUGUCACAGAUCAGUACUCCCAGUGCAGGUUCAUCUCCUGAGAAGGCCCAGCCCUGUAAGAUGUGCAUCCCAGUCUUGAGAGACAUUUUGCACUUGGCUGAAGAGCAAGGAACAAAUAGGGGGCAGAAAGCAUACACAUGUGGGGCAUGUGGGAAACAGUUCUAUUUCACUGCAAACCUUCAAGAGCACCAGAAGCAGCACAUUAGAGAGAAACCCUUCAGCUGUGAUAUGGGGAGACCCACAUUUUUGAAAAGCUGCACAAUCCAUGCAACAGGGAAUCUCUCUACCUACAUGGAGAUUGGGAACAACUACGUGGCCAAAAUUGGACUUCAGAAACAGGUCACUAAUACCAGGAAGAAACUGAACAACAGUAAGGAGUGUGAAGCUGUUUUUGACAGUGGGAAAAGUCAUCACAGCUGGGGAGAAGGCAACAAAUUCUCCAGCCACACAGAAAUACUUAUUCAGGAUGAGAGAGUCCUCACUACCGAAGGGUUUUGUGAAUGCAGCAACUGUGGGAAAGCCUACACCCAAAGAAGUAACCAUAGUCAGCACCAGAAAGUUCACACUGGAGAAAGGCCUUAUGAAUGCAGCCAAUGUGGAAAAUUUUUUACCCACAAAUCUAGUUUCCUUACACAUCAGAGAGUUCACAGUGGGGAAAGGCCUUAUGAGUGCAGUGAAUGUGGAAAAUCUUUUACUACUAGGUCUGGCCUCUAUUAUCAUAGGAGAGUUCACACUGGAGAAAGGCCUUAUGAGUGCAGUGAAUGUGGGAAAUCUUUUAGUAAUAGGUCGAUCCUUUGUAAUCAUCAGAGAGUUCACAGUGGAGAAAAGCCUUUUGAGUGCAGUGAAUGUGGGAAAUUCUUUAGCCGAAACGGACACCUCAGUGCCCAUAAGAAAGUUCAUACUGGAGAAAAGCCUUAUGAAUGCAAUAAAUGUGGAAAAUCUUUUACUGCUAAGACGAGCCUUCAUUACCAUCAGAGAGUUCACAGUGGAGAAAAGCCUUAUGAGUGUAGUCAAUGUGGGAAAUCUUUUACUACUAGCUCUGGUUUCUAUUAUCAUCAGAGAGUUCACAGUGGAGAAAGGCCUUAUGAGUGCAGUGAAUGUGGGAAAUCUUUUACUACUAGUUCUGGUCUCUAUUAUCAUCAGAGAGUUCACAGUGGAGAAAGGCCUUAUGAGUGCAGUGAAUGUGGGAAAUCUUUUACUACUAGUUCUGGUCUCUAUUAUCAUCAGAGAGUUCACAGUGGAGAAAGGCCUUAUGAGUGCAGUGAAUGUGGGAAGUGUUUUACUGGUAGCUCAAGCCUUCAUCGUCAUCAGAGAGUUCACAGUGGAGAAAGACCUUAUGAGUGCAGUGCAUGUGGGAAAUGUUUUAGUAUUAUAUCUGAUCUUUAUGUUCAUCAGAGAAUUCACACAGGAGAAAGGCCUUAUCAGUGCAAUGAAUGUGGGAAAUGUUUUACUGAUGGGUCAAGCCUUCGUCGUCAUCAGAGAGUUCACACUGGAGAAAGGCCUUAUGAGUGCACUGAAUGUGGAAAAUCCUUUAGCCGAAGACAGCUCCUCCAUAUCCAUAGGAAAAUCCACACUGGAGAAAAGCUUUAUUAGUGCAAGGAAUGUGAUAAAUCUUAUUGAAAGGUGCCACUUCAUUAAACAUCAGUUCACACUGGUAAAAGGACCUUAU